AUGGCUCGGAAGAAAAAAUCAUGGACACCGAAGCAAGGGAAGUGGCAGUCCAAUGCAAUGGCCAGUGCAUAUACAGCAGUAACUGAAGGGAGACUAGGCAUCAGAGAGGCGGCUAAACAGUAUGGAGUACCCAAAUCAACACUGUCAAGAAGGAUCCGCAAGGGGAUACCGAGUUCCUUGCCGGCUACAAGACCACCUGUAUUCAGCAUGGCUGAUGAGGAUGAACUUGUACGCCACCUCAAAGAUCUUGAAAGCCAAGGCUUCGGCAUUGGACUGCAGGCUGUGUGCAAGCUUGCGUAUGAGAUGGCAGAGCAUGCUGUGCACACCCCUUCAAGCAUCAUAGCUGCUAGGGGGAAGAAAACAGUGCAGUCUCGCACAAGUGGGGAACGAGGGGAGAAUGUAACUGUCCUGAUAUGCGCUAGUGCCAGUGGCUCGGUACUUCCUCCUUUCAUCAUUUUCAAGGGUCAGCGUCUCAAUGUAGGCUUGACUGCUAAUGCACCACCAGGAACCCUGUUCGGAACAAGUAAGUCUGGCUUCAUUGAUGCGGAGCUGUUUGGCACAUGGUUCACAAAGCUCUUCUUGCCAUCAAUACCUCCCACACGCCCAGUUCUUCUAAUUCUCGAUGGGCAUGCAUCCCACAUUAACAUUGAAACUCUCAGGUGUGCCCGUGAGAACUCUAUCCACAUGUAUUGCUUACCACCCCACACCACAAAUCACACUCAGCCAUUGGACAAGUCUGUUUUCAAGUCUGUGAAAACUGCCUACAACCAGCGAUGUGACAAAUUCAUGCGCGACAACCCGAACCGGAUCAUCACCAGAUACGACUUCAGUGGUCUGUUCACAGAUGUAUACCACAAAGUGUUUACCAUGGCCAACAUCAUCAGCGGAUUCAAGUCAACAGGCAUUUAUCCAUAUAAUCCUAAUGCCAUUACUCCCGAGCACCUUCAGUUCUCUGCAGUGGAGACAGAGAUAACAUACCAAGCUGCUGAAGUUCCAGGUCCACCUACCAAUGAUGACGGAGUUGUCACCAUGCCUGUUGUCCUUGAAUUCAAUGCAGAAGUGCAUGUGAAUCCUACUGACACAGAGCAGGAGGAAGUCAUCUUAAAGAAACCUACUGCUACAGAAGAUGCUGCUGACCAGGAAACGCCAUCACUGGAAUCUGACGAUGAACCUGAGCCCAUGGAUAUUGAACCAGGACCCACCUCUCCACAUGCAGUCUCCCCUCCUACUGCAGUGUCCUCUCCAGGUACAGUCUCCCCAGCUGCAAGUCAAAACACAAGUAAGUUUUCGGCUGUGCUUAAGAAACCUGUAGUGUCAAAAGUGAUAAAACCUGGCAGACAAACCAACCGCAUCACUGAGGCACGAUGCCUGACCUCUGAUGAGGUGUUCCACCGGGAACUUGAAAAACAGAAAAAGAAGGAAACAGAGGCUGCGGCAAAAGAGGCCAGAAAACUGGAGCGAGAACACAAGAAAGAGCAACGUGAGAAGGAGAAACAAGAAAAGGAACAAAGACUGGAGGAAAGGAAACGGAAAAGAUCGGAGGCGCUGGAAAAGAAGCAAGCGAAGAUUGCUAAGCAAGCAAAAGGAAAAGAGGCCCUCAGUUCAGUGUGUGACCCCGAGAAUGGGGAAAACUACUGUAGUCACUGUGGGGGAUUUUAUGGGGAUGAUGACGACACAGACAGAGAAGACUGGUGGCAGUGCAUUGACUGCAAUGACUGGUAUCAUGAAUCCUGCACAGGACUGUUUGGCCGCCCCAGUGAACUAAUUAAGUUUAUUUGCAAGAAGUGUGACAAGUAAACGUGCAUCAAGUAACAUCUAAAAUGUACUCAGCAUAUCUGGUUAUUUUUUUUCACUUAGACAAUAUAAUAUGGUGCCCAUAAAAGCAUUUACAUGUACUUGGUAAGAACAUGCAUGAUGCAAAAAUUCAUCAUGAACAAGUUGGACAGGAAAGAGACAAAUCUGAAAGAGAUUGUAAAAUGCAGGUUAUGAAAGGUUUCAAACAAUCAAACUGAAAACAAAUGCCAAAUUGUCGCCAGCCCACCUCAAACAGUACAUAUUUGAGUUAGGCAAUUACAACAGCAAAAGAAUAGGUCUUGAGGUUUUUGUUGAAAUUCACUCUAAAAGGAAUCUUUUUGUUCUACAAACAUGUACUGUACACUGAUUUUAGGCAUGAUGGAUGCAUCCAAAACACACGUAAUUAAUUCAAUGUACAUUUGUAAUUUCGUGUUUACUUUGAAUGACAAUGUUGUCAAACAGGGUGGAUUAGUUCCUUUUAAUAGAAGGGCAUCAGUUCUUGAAAAAAUGUGUUUUGCCAUGUAUAUUGCGUAUUUUGAGUGUGUCCCACUUACCCCAUAUGACUGUCCCACUUACCCCAUACGUAGAGAAAAAUCCGACAUUUCAGUCCUGUCAUAUUUUCCCCCAUUUUUCCAAAAAUAAUGCAGCUAGUGCACCAAAAUGAUUAUUGUGUACAAAAAAGACGGUAACAAUGUAAAAAAGUAUUACUUUUAGUAAAUCUAAUCUCUUAUUUUAG